GCGUCCCGGCCGCGGCGCGACCAUGACUCUGGAGUCCAUGAUGGCCUGUUGCCUGAGCGACGAGGUGAAGGAGUCGAAGCGCAUCAACGCCGAGAUCGAGAAGCAGCUGCGGAGGGACAAGCGCGACGCUCGCCGCGAGCUGAAGCUGCUGCUGCUGGGCACUGGGGAGAGUGGGAAGAGCACGUUCAUUAAGCAAAUGCGUAUUAUUCAUGGCUCAGGCUACUCUGAAGAGGACAAAAAAGGCUUCACCAAGCUGGUGUACCAAAACAUCUUCACUGCCAUGCAGUCUAUGAUAAGAGCCAUGGAAACCCUGAAGAUUCUGUACAAAUAUGAACAGAACAAGGCCAAUGCAGUGCUGAUCAGAGAAGUGGAUGUAGAAAAGGUCAUGACAUUUGAGCAGCCAUAUGUAAGUGCAAUUAAAACAUUGUGGAAUGACCCUGGAAUACAAGAGUGUUAUGACAGGAGAAGAGAAUAUCAACUUUCUGACUCAGCUAAAUACUAUCUCAGCGAUGUGGAUCGUAUUGCCACCCCAGGAUAUCUACCAACUCAGCAAGAUGUGCUACGGGUUAGAGUCCCUACAACCGGGAUCAUAGAGUACCCCUUUGACCUAGAGAACAUUAUCUUCAGAAUGGUGGAUGUUGGAGGGCAGAGAUCAGAACGAAGGAAGUGGAUCCAUUGCUUUGAAAAUGUGACUUCCAUCAUGUUUUUAGUAGCACUUAGUGAAUAUGACCAAGUUCUGGUGGAAUCUGAUAAUGAGAACCGGAUGGAAGAGAGUAAAGCUCUCUUUCGAACCAUUAUAACUUAUCCAUGGUUCCAAAACUCUUCUGUUAUCCUCUUUCUCAACAAGAAAGAUUUGUUGGAAGACAAGAUCCUGUAUUCUCACCUUGUUGACUAUUUCCCAGAGUUUGAUGGCCCACAGAGGGAUGCCCAGGCAGCCCGUGAGUUCAUCCUCAAGAUGUUUGUGGAUUUAAAUCCCGACAGUGAUAAAAUCAUCUAUUCCCAUUUCACAUGUGCCACAGACACAGAAAACAUCCGUUUCGUCUUUGCAGCUGUCAAGGACACCAUCCUACAGCUCAACCUGAAGGAAUACAACCUGGUUUGACCUGCUCUGCUCUUGCCCCUUGAGAGGCUUCUUUGUGAAGAAAAGACAAAAAAACAAAAAAAAAACACAAAAAAAAAAAAAAAAGAAA